GUGAGUUCAUACCGAGUCCUGGGACCCUGUUUACUUAACAUUCCCAGCCAAGGAAGCCCUGGUUUAAAUAGGAUUGUGGAUGCAGCCUGCCCAUAUCAGAUGAGGAAAUGAUGAUUGUGGGAUUUUAGAAAUUCUUUUGUUUAAAGCCUUAGUGUGGAUUAUGAGAAUGCAGAAUGCCUUUCCUUUUGGGCUUGCGGCAGGAUAAAGAAACCUGCAUAGGAAUCCACAAUCAAAGUUAUAUCUGUGAAACAGGCCAUUGCUGUGGACAGUCCCAGUGCUGCAAUUAUUAUUAUGAGCUCUGGUGGUUCUGGUUAGUGUGGACGAUCAUCAUUAUACUGAGUUGCUGUUGUGUCUGCCAUCACCGACGUGCCAAACACAGACUCCAAGCACAACAGAGGCAGCAUGAAAUUAACCUGAUUGCCUAUCGCGAAGCUCAUAACUACUCUACUCUACCAUUUUAUUUCCGAUUUUUGCCAAAUUAUUUACUACCUCCCUAUGAGGAAGUGGUGAACCGACCUCCGACCCCUCCCCCACCAUAUAGUGCCUUACAUCAGCAAUGCAUCCCGCCUGGCAGUGGCAGUGCGGCACCAGACAUGAGAAACCUCCAGCCAGCCCAGACAGGCUCUCUGGGUGCAGCGGGAAGCAAUAAUGGAAGCUUAGACAGCACUGCGCCCUCCAGCAUUGGAGGUCUGGAAUCCUCGACUCCGCUAGUUGAGCGACCGUCCACCAAAGAGCCAAGCGGAGAGCCAAGCGGUGCAGGAUUAGGAGAGAUGGCCGACUGCAUGUCCUGUUCUGGUAAGGAGCCUGAGUGCAAGGAAGAACUGCUUAAGGACUACAACUCUGAAAGCUUAGACCAGAACGGCACUUUCCCAGAUGCAAAGGACAAGACACCUGGCAGGCACCGACGCUUCACGGGUGACUCAGGCAUUGAAAUCUGCAUAUGUAACCAGGACCACCAUGAUGGUGAUCUCAAGGAGUUGGAUGGGUUCCUUGAUGAUGGAUCCAUGGACUUCUGCGAUAGCUGCAGUGGCCACCCUCUGCAUGGAAACGAGGAAGACGGGCUUUUCAGUGCCUCUGAUGAGCAGCACCGAGACCAUAGCCACCAUCACCUCCCACGGCAGCCCGUGUGUGUGCUUCUGAACACCAUAAAUGAGCAGGACUCCCCGAACACUCAUGCCAACACAUCUCCUAGCUAAACCAACAGAAUCAGAAGGGAGGAUCUAGAAAAGGAUAAACAUUACUUCAACCAAAAACAAAGCGGUUCUUAAGAUGUUAACUGUGGGAAUAACCCUGAGUGGAUGGAAGGAGGGCAGAAGUUUCUUGGCCUUCUUUUCUCAUUGCCUCCCCUCUCUUCCAUCUCACUCUAGGGACUUAAAGUGAGAACUUUUUUAAUAAAAAGAAAAAGGGAAAAAAGAAACUUUUCCUAUUGCUGAUUUUGGUGAUGGUUUAUUAAGGUUGGUUGGUGUUUUUUGUUUUUUUUUAAAGUUUCCAAGACUUUUACCCUUAUAAUCAGAAAGACUUAGUUGGAACUUGUCAGAACAAGGAAUACUGGUAUAUUCCCCAACCCCAUCCCUUUCCUGGUGUCUUCCCAGAAGCUAGUGGCAUUUGAUAGGCCUGGCAGUCAGUUCAGUUUGGAGAGUUGCUAUGAAUCCUCAGCCGCAUUUGUACUUAAAUCAAUCCCUUGCUGUGAUCUCUUGAGUGUUGUUGGUUACAGCAACCUAUAUGACACUUUUUCCUUCUUGAAGCUGGCAACUGUAAAGGAUCAGCUUCUUCCAGAAAAAUUGUUUGCCUGAAGCGUAAAACUGGUACAAAGCUGAGGAAAGGGGAGAACUCUGUAGGCAUUGCCUUGCAUUUAAAGGCAAAUGUAUUUUUCAUCUGCUGCCUCCGAAGAGCCCAGCUAUGAAGUGAGACUCCUGGGAGAAGAUCUGCCGUCCUGAUGCUGUGGUCUCCAUGUGACAUUCAUCAGGGGCGCAGCAAUGCAAAAGGGCAGAUAGGGCUUUUUGGCUUCAGGCCAAUAUGUUAGUUUGAAAUGACAAUUUUAAAAAAAUCAUAAAACCCCAAACACACACACACAGAACAGGGCUGUCUUUUUGGCCAGUGUGCCUUUAGGUUUCAGUGAUGCUUGUUGAACAAAUGGAGACCAGAACUCCGUCCAUUGCUAAAGGACGCCUUACAGGUAUCGAGGUGGAAGACUUGCGCAGUAUUUUCUCUUACUUUUUUUAGUUCAAAAGUCUAGUGAGAUGCUCACAGUGACCACUGAAAAGGAUUGAGUGUCUGUGUUUUUCUCUCUCAGUAGUGGUAACUGGCUACUGUAUAACGUCUGUGAGUGAGUGUGUGUCUGAUUGCAGUACAUGCAUGUGUGUUUCUUACUGGUGAUAUGAAAAUUGCUGCUGUAAGACUGCAACAACAAAACAAACAAUGAAAAAAGAACUGUGGCUUUGCUUUAAAGAAACAGUGAAGCUUUAUUAGUAACAACCCCAAGGGGGAAGAAAAGAAAACCAAACAGCUGAAACUAACAUUCCCCGGAUUGUUCCUGUGGAAGAGAACAGGUCUUAGUUUCUAUACUGAGUGUAUUUCCUCCUUCCCCACCCCCAAACCCACCCUUUCCUCUUUCUUUAAUUACAAUUGUCUGGGUCAUUUAAUGUCAUAAAAUGGACUUUCAGUUUCAAUUGCUUGAAACCAAAAUCAGUUUGAAAUGUGGUGUAAGCCCAAAUAUAAUGCCUUUUUCUGAUAA